AUGGUCAAGCCAGCCGAUGGUGAUACUGCUACACUGAGCUUGCAAGCCCAUCAGACCAUUUCGAAGAACUUCCCCAAGUGCCCGGCAACGCUUACUAUUAUCGAGCUCCCAUACAAAGUCGGCAAAUCGCAAUCCCCACUCGUCGUUGCCCUACAAGACGAUGGGAGCGUGGAAACCAGUGGAAAGCACGCCCCUUGGGGUUCGUGGUGGCCUACCUCUGCCACGUGCUUAUCACUUCAACACAAGGAGAAGCGUCUGGUGUUCGCCCACCAAUGCAAGUCGGUGUGGUUGAGUCCUUGUCGUACCACUGCGGCCAUCCUGAAGCCUGGUGAUGACACUAUUCCGGCGGCGUCUGACUUCGCUCUUCUCAAGGCGAUCACUUCACAGAAGAAGGGGCCCUCUUUGGCCAUGUUGCGCUCGCCUAGUCGUAGAACCCGUACUGCGAUCAUUGAGUUGCCAGCGAGUCCUCUCGAUGCCAAGCAUUCGUGCCUUCUCAAGGCCAUGGGCCUUCGUGUUGUGGACCACCAAGACUGUGGUCGAGUGCUCAUUGCCUCGAGGUCGUUUGAGGACGGUGAGUGUAUAAUAUUCUCGAAAGUUACCAAGUACAGCAUCAACAGCCAUGCUGACAUCGACAAGCUCCGCAAGCGAGGCCAUCCAGAGCACUGCUUCCUCACGAUCAUCCACGAGAGCCGUGGCGGUAUGUCCUUGUACUACAACAGGGAGACCUUCGACAUGGCAGACCCGAUCGGCGGGGGUGACCUCUGGUACUUGGUGAACCACUCGACUAGUCCGAAUGCCCAGCUUAGACCCCACGACGGCGGUCUGCGAGUUCGAGCGGUGAGGGACAUCUCUCCUGGUGAGCCCAUCACCUGGCGGUACCCCAACGGCUUCUUCAGUGAGGAGGAUGUGAUGGUGUCCCUCCCGCGAGCCGUCAAUGUAAUUGACGACCCGAGAGCAUCCGGGGGAUGA